AGGCUUUGACUUAGUGAUCGGGCCAAUCAGGUUCCAGGGUGAUUGUUGCCCAGGGAACGUCAUGGAGUAGCUGGGAAGAGGAAAUGGCCUGUACGGGGCUUGGAGCUCUGUGGUCAGGGAUACAUGGCAUUUCCUGUCAGUGUAAACACACACACACACACACACACACACAGAGUGGCUGCAGUGCGUGAGCAGUGAGCAUGGCUGUGUUUAAGUGAGCGAGAGCAGCACGCCGAGGAGCGUUUGUGUUGUUGUAGUUUGUUCUCUCCAUGCAACGAAGCGGCGCUCUGCGUGCUGAUGAACGCGGCGGUGGGUUGACGACGCGGGUGUGUGUUAGCGCGCUAACAUGGACCUCGGCUCGAUGCUCUACAACAGUCUCAAAGAUGUAACAUGGAGCACGACAACUCUGCCUCUGGACCGCCUGGUGAGCGCCUACAGACUGCCCCAGAUUGUAAAACUGGACAACGGGGAAUCUGUGGAAGGGCUAAGAGAAAACGACUACCUCUUGAUUCAUUCGUGUCGGCAGUGGACCACGAUCACCGCUCAUAGCCUGGAGGAGGGCCAUUAUGUCAUUGGGCCGAAAAUCGAGAUCCCGGUCCAUUAUGAGGGUCAAUUCAAACUGCUGGAGCAGGACCGAGAUAUUAAAGAGCCGGUGCAGUAUUUCAACAGCGUGGAGGAAGUGGCCAAAGCUUUUCCUGAACGAGUGUAUGUCAUGGAGGAAAUAACAUUCAAUGUUAAGAUGGCGUCAGGAGAAUGCAACGAGGAAACCGAGGUGUACAACAUCACCCUGAACACGGGAGACGAGUUGACGCUGAUGGGUCAAGCUGAGAUCCUGUACGCAAAAACCUCGAGAGAGAAAUCACGCCUGAACACCAUCUUCAGGCGCAUCGGGAAGCUGAACUCGAUCGCUCGUCCAGGGCGGGGCAAGAUGCCGUGUCUCAUCUGCAUGAAUCACCGCACGAACGAGAGUGUGAGCCUGCCGUUCCAAUGCCGUGGACGCUUCAGCACAUGCUCGCCCUUGGAGCUACAGAUGCAGGAAGGCGAGCACAGCAUUCGCGCCAUCGUGGAGAAGACGCGGCUGCCCGUCAACGUGACUGUGCCCGCGUGUCCGCCGCGCAACCCGCAUGACCUGCACCCGAUCCGAGAGGGUCACAGAUACAAGCUAGUCAAUGUGCGUACUAAGACGGUGGUGGUGUGCUGUGUACUUCGCCCCAACGCUGUGCUGCCUGUACACUUUCCGUUGCAUGUUGCCACAGCGAUGCCUCGCUUGCUGGUACCCGAAGGCCUGCUGCACGGAGAGGCAUGGCUGGAAAGUGUAGUCCAUCGCUGGUUUGCGUACUGCCAGGAACAGUUCGAUAUCGACAACUACUCGAGAGCAGUUCGUGACGUGAGGGCCGACUGGCCUGAGGAUUCCAAGAGUCCCAAGAAAGGCACCAGUGGAACCGGAUGCACGGUCGGGACUGGAAACGGAGGUGGAGUUGGCACCAAUGGCUGCCCUGCACAUCUGCCCAGUUCACUCAGCUCAGCCCGGGACGAGCUCACGCAGUCAUUCCACCGACUAUCCGUCUGUGUCUAUGGGAACAAUCUACAUGGCAACAGCGAGGUGAAUCUGCAGGGUUGCGUUAGCCUCUACGGCGAGUUCGUGCCUCCGGAAGCACCAGAUGCGGAUUAUCCAUUUCCAGAGCUGCUAGACAGUUCAUCUGGUCCUUGUAAAGCGGAUCUGCCGUACGAGGAACUGUGGUUGGACCACACACAGGCGCACAGUCCUGCGCACGAGCAGGAGGCGGUCCGAGGAAACGUUAGUAUCUCCAGCUGCCCGCCUUGUCUGCCAUACCCCACUGUGGGUUCCACAAGUGCUGCCUUCCUCAGUGCUGACAUCAGUCUACCUCCACCCCCUGUGCCUCCAAAAUCUGAAGCUGUGAAGGAGGAGUGUCGGUUAUUAAACGCUCCUCCAAUUCCUCCGAGGAGUUCCAAACAGACGGCCCAGAGCUCCAGCAGCAUCCCGGUGCCAUAUCCACCCACAAAACCACGGCAGCCAGAUACGCGUUCCCCGAGCCCUACGCUGUCUUACUACUCUUCUGGUCUGCACAACAUAGGAGGAGAGAGUGAGUCCUUAAAAGAGACGGAGGAACAGAACAAUGCAUGUUACCCAUGCAACUGGAUUCGAACGGACGGCAACAAAAGCACCAAACCACCCCCCUGCCUCGGCCCCUCCACCGACACUGCUCUGUCACGUCUCUCCUGGCCAAACGACUUCUGCGGGCCUGAUUUCCACAAAACCGAGGACUUCUCCUCAGUGCAUUGCCGCAGUUACUCCAGCUACCCGAGGAAAAGGACCCCUGGAACCCCUAAGACUUGUCCCUCAGGCCUCUUUGACUUUGACAGAGGAGAGAGGAGCACUACAGCUACAAAGGCUCAACAGCCAGCCCAGUUUUGUACUAAAUCGACUAGCUAUACCCUGGAUAUGUAUCAUGAAAAGCCCAUUGAGGAAUGCAACACUAAACAGAGCAGAUCCUGCCCUAUUUUGCCACCAAGAACCCCCAAACCCAGUGACGCAAAAAAAGACAAGGAAUGUGCAUCAGCAAACGUGGCAGGCGACGACACUACACAACAUCAGGUGGACAGAGUGAAUCAGGGAACUCCACUGUCCUGUCCUUCUGCUGUAGAACUACAAUGGCAACCACCAAACAACCUCUCAGGCCUUUCCAUAGAAGAGGUGUCCAAAUCACUACGUUUUAUUGGUAUGUCAGAGGACGUGGUCGGGUUGUUUGUUCGAGAGAAAAUCGAUGGCAAUUUGCUUUUGCAGUUAACAGAAGAGAUUCUGUCUGAGGACUUUAAGCUGAGCAAACUCCAGGUCAAAAAACUCAUGCAGUUUAUCGGUGGCUGGAGGCCCAAAAUGUAAACUUGAGCAAAGAAAAAAAAAAACCCAAACCAAUACGCUACAUAACACUACAGCCUUCAGUAUUGCGGUCGACUGUUUUGUAUCUAUACGCUAUGCACAGUCUGAAACCUUGUAAUGAAUUUACUGGUUUGUAGAAUAUAUAUGUAUGAAUGGAAUAUAGGGUGCUUCGUGUAUUAACUUCCUGCGUCUUGACCUGUACCCUUGUCUCUAUGUAAUCUCUUUCUCUGACCUUAUGGUACCUGCACAACACACUUCAUAUUUUGCAAAACCAAAGCCUUUCAAAAUAUGAAUAUAUUUUGUUUAAACCCA